CUCGGAGGCAGCUUGGGAAUGGAGUAAAUUGCAAGAAGCGCCGCAGUCGCAUAUAAGAUGGCGCAUGCCGCAUCUUUCAGCUGACGUCGGGUUGUGUCACUUGCGUCUUUCGCUCCUCACUACACCCUAGCAUACUCGUGCACUACGAAGAGGUGACAGUCUCGUCAAACCGUUCUCAUUUUUCAUAAUGCAUUUCUCUUCGGGUUUCCUCGUCGCAUUGUUGGCGGCUGUCACCAUCGGUUCCCCGGUCGGUGAUGAUGCGCAGACCAUAGAGAAACGGAGCUGCCUUACCGAUUGCAUGAGCAACUGCAGCGCGCCACGCGGAGCUUCGUGCAGUAACGCCUGCAUGACGUCGUGUUCCUACGACUACAGCGGUGGAAAGCGCUACAGUCGGAUCAAUCUGGAUGACUUCGUUCACAACUGGAAUGGCCGGUUGGGUUGCCAUAGCCACACGGGAUCCUAGAUGGUUUAGCUACCUACCUUACCUUGUGCUGCAACGUUACGAGUGCCGAUUCGACGUGGAAUAGUUGGAGUGAUCAAUAACCGCCGAUCGGGGACUGUGUGCGACUCCUGCUUUUCCGCACGGCAGGGACAGGCAAAUGUACAUGUACUCCCGCACACACACCGACGGCCCGGAAGCAGUGCAGCUUUGGGGCAAGACUGCUCGGU